AUGCAUCGUUACAUCCCUAGUCAUGUUUCUGCUCACAGAACUCAUCUCACUACAUCAGAGGCGAAGGAGCAAGUGCUGGCGAACCUCGCCAACUUUGCGUACGACCCAAAGAACAUGGACUAUCUGAAGGAGCUGCAGGUGACCGACCUCUUCUUGGACAUGCUUACUGAAGAGAACGAGAACUUUGUGGAGUUUGGCAUGGGGGGGCUGUGUAACCUGAGUAUGGACCCCGAGUGCCGAGACAUCAUCCUGCAGAGCAGCGGCAUCAGCUUGGUCACAAAUUUGUUGUCAAGCCGCAGGGAGGAGACCGUCCUGUCAGCCAUCACUAUACUAAUGAACCUCACGAAGCCCUCGUCACGCUCUGAGAUCACUGAUCCGGCCAUCCUGCAGUGCAUGCUGCGCUUCUCCCUCUCGGAGAGCCCCCGUCUGCGCAACCUGGCCGCCGUGUUCCUGCAGGACUACUGCACCGAGGAGCAGGUGGCCCAGGCCGAGCAGCAGAUGAAGGGACAGCAGACGGCGGUCGGCAUACCGCUGCCCGAGGACUCCAGCUGAUGUAUUGAUGUGGGAGAUUAUUUGUAUAUAAAGUGGAUAAAAAUACAGACACGUAUAAACAUCACACCCAUGACGUGUGAUUGUUCCACUCUUCUGGUUUCAGACUUUACACCAGAUGUUUGAACCGGGACUCAGGGAUCUGAUCCCAUUCAGCCACAAGAACAUCUUUGAGGUCCAACGCUGAUGUUGGCCGAUACGGUCUGGCUCACGGUCAGCGUUCCAUCUCGUCCCAGAAGUGUUGGAUGCGGGCUGAGGUCAGGGUUGGGUGCAGAUCAGUUGAGUCCUUCCACUGAGAAACUGAGAAAAACAAACAUUUCUCUUUGUGCACCGGGGCGUCGUCGUGUUGAAACAGGAAAGGGACAAACCCAAACUGUUGGCGGUGAUUUCUUUUGUCUAAAAUAUCGAUAAAUGCUGUCUGAAGUGUCAACAUCGUUUUGGCCUUAAAACUUACAAUUUUUUAUUUGCCUUUUCAAGCUUUUAUUGGAUAGAGACAGCUUAAGAGAGACAGGAAUGUGGGGGUGUUGGUUAGCUCAGUUGGUAGAACUUCUGCACCGUGUACAAAGCCUCAGUCCUUGCUGCAGCGGCCCAG